ACGGAAUAUUCUGGAGAAAAAAAUUAUCCACUUUUUGCACCACAGGAGGAGUUUCCUCGCCACUUUAGCUGCUGGAGAUCUGGCAUUUGGCAUCUUUGCAGGAACUAGUCAUUUGUAACACCUCGAUCCCACCGACAGUGUUGUUGCGCAAAAUGGUAGAGCCUCAUCGGGAUAUGUAUGCAACAUAAAUUCAACAUUCACCUUCUGCUACCAUUUCUGUCAAGCCGUCAACGCAUAAAUUCAAUUUAUCCAACGUAUGCACCACACAGAACGUGAAUUCAUAUCUUUCUGAAUAUUUCCUCUUUAUUGGAGUUCCACCUGCAACUGGACACAGAGGUUUAUAAGACACCGGCCCCUUCCGAAUCGAGAACAAAGAAAGUAUCGCCAAGUAAAGCCAACAGAGAACCAGAGAAAGGUCGCACCAGAGAAAGUAAGACAAGGGGAGAACCGUGGCUGUUGUGACAUGGCCUGCAGAAAUCCAGAGCUGGUGCCGUAUACUGUAAGACCAACACCUUCUCCUGUGUUAUGCCCCGAUAACGACAGUUCCAACGAGGAGGCUGAGAUAAAUGUGAUGAUACCUGACACAGUUCUUCACAUAGAGACAGAAUCCUUCUUUGUGAACCGUCAACAGCUGGCUCUUCAGAGCCCCUAUUUCCGUGCACUUUUCUAUGGCGGCGGCAGAGAGAAUGGCAAGCGCCACGUUGAGAUCAAAGGUGUGGGUGUGGACCAGUUUCGUGUCCUGAUGGAAUACACCCAGACAUCCAAGCUAUCUCUCAGCAGAGAGAAUGUCCUGAGGAUCCUAGAGACAGCAGACUUCCUCCAGCUGGAGAGACCCAGGCUCCUAUGUUGCAAGUUCCUGGAGAGAGAGUUGCAUCUGAGCAACUGCUUGGGCAUGAUGUCCUACGCUUGGCAGCUGGGAUGCCGGGAGCUCUACACAGCAGCACGUGAGGUGGCUCUAACCCACCUACCUGCUAUCGCCACAGAGGAGGACUUCAUGUAUCUGUCCAAGGAGAGUGUGGCGGACCUCCUUGCCAGUGAUAAACUAUUUGUACCCAGGGAGGAUCAAGCCUUGGAGAUGACCUUACGCUGGGCAACCUUUGACCCCAGUCGGGAGGAGGACUUCAUGGAGUUGGUGGAGCUGGUGCGACUAGAGAGCCUGUCUCUGCCCUACAUCACUGAUCUGCUCACCAGGCUCAAAGGGUCUGACCCACAAGCCAAACUCAUCUGUAAACUGAAUGACAAUUUUCCUACUAGCUGGUCUAUGUGCAGGUCCAUACCUCGGGCCAGAGAAACACUGUACAUACUCGGAGGGCCCCAUGACCAGGACAAACAGUCUCUCUACCAGUUUUACCCCCACAGUGGGAGAUGGCAGUCUCAUGCACCACUUCAGAGGAAGAAUCUCACACAGUACUCUGUGGCAGCAGUAGGAGAAAACAUUGUAGUCACCGGAGGCAACUUCCGUGAUGAGAUCUUUUGGUACAGCGUGGACUGGGUGCGGAUAUUCCAGUGUGGGAACGAGCGCUGGGUGGAUGGCCCUCCGCUGCAGAAGUCCAGGCACAGCCACUGCUCUGUGGGCCUGGGGCAGGAGCUGUACGUCCUGGGGGGCACCAUGGACGAGGGGCCUGUGGCCCACGUGGAGAAGCUGCCGCUGGGGGCACAGGGCUGGGAGGAUGUCAGCCCCAUGGUGCGGGCUGUGGAUAGGGCUGCCACCGUUGCUCUGGAUUUGUGUAUCUAUGUCGCCUGUGGACUGGAUGAGAAUGGGGAGGUGUACAGCGGCAUUCAGAGAUACCUGGUGAAGGAGGACCAAUGGGACCUGGUCAGGUAAGUGAACUCAGAAUUUGCACCAACAAACUUUUGUCUGGGACAGGUUCCUUAUAAAAUAGAUUUGUAUGUCCCGUAGGUAUGACCUUUUCGCAACAGAGCUCAACGGGGCCCUCUAUCUCCUGAUAGGCCAGGCGCUAAGGCUGGAUGUGGAGACAGACGAAUGGACAGUUCUAGAAGAAGAAUGUCUGGACAGAAAGUUCUUUGGUGGCUGCACCACAGUCAAUGGGCAGAUCUACCUGCUGAGCGAGCGAAAGAUGAACAAAGCAUUCCCCAACAUGGUACUGAUGGAUCCUUACAUCGACACCUGCAUGGAAAUAGACAAUGCCAUACCCUGUCCUGUGCCUCUCCGUGGCUGUGUUACCAUGCGCUUGGUCACAUGACACUGGUGAGUUGCCAGUAAGCAUUUAGCAGUUCACAUCCUUCUCACCAACUCCCUCUCCCCAAUAUAAGAGAUAUUCUAUUGAAAUGGUCAGACACUUAUCAGCUAUUGAUUUUGCUUUUGAAUGAAAAGGUACAAACACAUUUAUCAAUAGUUUGAUAAAAGUUAUUUAUUGAUUUUGUUGAACUGGCCAGAGUGAACAAACUUAUGAGGUGUGUGCAUCCAGAACAAGACUAGUCAUGUGUUAUUGCCAUUUGUAUCAUUGCACGAGUAGAACCUUUAAUAAAAUAAACAUCCAAUAAUCAUGA